AUGUCCACCGGCGAGCUCCCCACCCAGCUGACUGAGCAACUGAAGACCUUUGUCCGUUUGCGUCCAGUUCAGCUGACACAGCCGCCGUCGGUUGUCCCCUGUAGCACCAACAAACAUGAUCUACUGAUCGAGCGCGCCCCGGCCAAGGCAGGCGCAUCGCGGGAGCCGCCACAGCGGUUUCGCUACACGCACGUCUUCCCAGAGGACACCUCCCAGGAGGACUUCUUUCGCGAGACCACCCUUCCUCUGGUUCGGGACAUGUUCACUGGCACGAACACCCUCUUCUUUGCGUAUGGUGUCAGUGGCGGGGGGAAGACCUUCACCCUUGAUGGCUCCGCCUCCCAGCCGGGAGUCAUCCCACGCGCCCUCAGUGCCAUCUUUCAGACGAUCGGUGACUACCAAACCGAAGUGCCAGUCAAGCCCGCACACUUUGAUGGGAUCGAGCUGUUUGAUGCACACGACCGGGCGGAGAAGGAGUCGGCAGGCAUCCUGGCGGCGGCACUUGCCUCAAGCAGCCGCUCAACUAUCGGCGCCACGCCGUCCACACCACGGCGCGGCCUGGCUCGCAACGUGAGCCACCUCCUUCCGCUGGCCAUCCCCGGGUCGGAUCUCUAUAGCUCGGAGCUGGCGGAGUCUCUCUGUCUCGGGGACACGUACUCGGAUGAUCUUCAGGCCCUGGCCGCCGUGGAGAGCACUCGCUUUUCGGUGUGGGUCAGUGCGUGCCAGAUUUACAACCGAGUCAUCAGCGAUCUGCUGGUGGAACCGGCCACCGAUGGGCGUCUUUCCUCUUUUGGGGUUCCCUCUACGCCGGGCGGUGGCGACCGUCGGCGCACCGGGUCGACCUUUCCCCUGGCCACUCCCUCGACGCCGUCGACCUCCUCGGCGGCGACGGCGGCAGCAGCCGCGGCGUCUGGGUCCUUUCCCUUCGGGAGCUCCUUCGGCGUGACCGGCAUGCCCGGGGGCACGCGCGUGUCCACUGCUCCGGCGCCGGGCGCCGGGGGCGGGGCCGGUGGCGGAGGCUUCGGCUGUCCGGUUGGCCUCGGCUCCGGCUCCAGUGCCCCGGUGGUCACCGACAAUGGCUACAUUCAUGGGCUGGUGGAGGUGCGCGUCCGGUCCAUGCGCGAGGCCUUUGCCCUGAUCGCGCGCGCACGCGAGCAUCGCGCCCGGGCGGCUACCUCGCAAAAUGUGGCCUCCUCAAGGUCGCACUCGAUCUACUUCAUCCGAGUCCUGCAAUUCCCGGUGGCCCCGGGGGCCUGUAGCGACACCGGCUCGAUGGCCGAGGUUCUGGUUGACCCGAAGGCCGUGCGCACGAGCCGUCUAGUUCUCGUGGACAUGGCCGGGGCCGAGCGGAGCAAGAAACUGAACCACUCCAGUGCUGAGCGCCAGCGCGAGUCAAAUCGCAUCAAUGAGACGGUCCUCCACCUGAAUGCCUGCCUGGAGGCACUUCGCAACAAGCAGUCCGGUGGCUCGAGUGGCUUCUACUCCUGGUCCUCGGACAAGUUGACUAAGCUCUUCCAGCCGUACUUCACCGGGGCUGGCAAGGCGGCCAUGGUUCUCAAUGUGAACCCUGAUCCCGAGCUUGUCAAGGAAACCUUUCACGCAUUGCAGGUGGGCUCAGUGGCCCAGCAACUUCGGACCACCCGACAGCGGGCCCGGCCCAUGGUUGACAUCCAUGAUCCGACCCUGGCUCGGCUGCCCUCCUCCUUCCAGAGCUACCAGGCUCCAUUCAUGGACAGCGGUGGGUCAUACCUGACGGCACUGUCCGGGAGUCAGACGCCCACCGUGCAGGCGGUCAAGCGGUCGCGUGCGACUCCGACACUUGAGCAAGCACAGAACACAUACAGCGCUCGGGCCAUGAGGUACCAUAUGAAGCACGGCCGCGAGGCGGCGACGACGCCCAUUCGCAUUGUCGGCGGCCGGACCGGGCAGGUGGCCGCUUCGGCGGGUGGCUCGCCACGCCUGCUGCUUGAACAUCCGUGGGAUUUGGCCCAUGGGACGGGCAAUGUCGGCACCGGCACCCCGCUCCGAGCUGGCUCCUCGCCGGGCGGGGCGCUGGAUAUCACGCUGGCCGGGCCAUUGGCCACCCCUCGGCGGUGGGCCCGGCCGGAUCCCCUCCGGACCCCGGGCAGCGGGCCCGCCCUGCCACUCAUGCAUGGUGAUGACGAGGAGGAGGAUGUGGUUUUGCUGCCGGAUGCGCUGAUUGCUCGGGACUCGGAGCGCCUGCUGGGCUCGAUUGCCGCGGAGAUUGCCUCCCUGAAGCAGCGAGCCGAAGCGUGUCGCGACUGUGCGGCCCGGGCCAUUGCCAGUGCCCAGAGCAUCGACAUUGAGAAUGCCGUCAAUGAGGCGAAGGCCGAGCUCAUGGGUCAGGCCCUGUUGCAGCGGGAUUCCCUUGCCCGUUCGGCUUCUGAGGUGGAGACUUCUGGCGGGGCCGACGCCCCAAACAGCGUGGCACUGGCUCUGAUGCAAGACAAGGCCCAGUUGGAGAAUGCCCUGUACGAGGCGCGGCUGGCGGCCGACGCGGCGGAUCAGCGAGCAUACUCCACGGUGCACGCAUAUGCGGACCGCCUGCGCCAGGCGUUCGUCGAGUCCGACCGGCUGUCGAGCGAAAACCGCAAGCUCCGCGAGGAACUGUCCCGGCUGCGGUCGAUUCUAUCGAACAGUGGCGCUGCACCGGGGUCGCCAUCGCGCGGGUCGCCGGCUCCGGCUGACCAGCCCAGCGGCAGCACUCCGGACCGCGGGUACCACUCGCCUACCGGCCAGGCUCCCCUGCUGGAAGAAGAGGCACUCGGCAGCGGCGGCAACAUCAUCGUCAUCAUCGUCGUCGCUGAUGGCGCCGUCAUCAUCGUCGCUAGCGUCGUCGUCGCCGUCGCCGUCACCGUCGUCGCCGUCGUCACCCCGGUCGCCCAAGGAACCGGCCAAGCCAAUGGCCACAGAUGA